GGAUUGAACUCGUGACCUUGCACUUGCCAGGCAGGUGCUUACACCACUGAGCUAAAUCCCCGGCCCUGGAGGCAGAGUCUUGCUAUGUAGCCCAGGCUGGCCUCAAACUUACCGUGAUCCUCCUGCCUCAGCUUCCCAAGUGUCCAAGUACUGGGAUUACAGGUUCAGGAUGCAGGUCCUUGUGCUACUCCUCUGGACCGGAGCCCUGCUAGGGCGUGGCAGCUGCCAGGACAUCGCCAGCAACCCGGAGGACUCCCCGUCCCCUGAAAGCACAGGGGAGCCAGUGGAGGAGGAGGACCCCUUCUUCAAGGUCCCUGUGAACAAGCUGGCUGCAGCCAUCUCCAACUUUGGCUACGACCUAUACCGGGUGAGAUCCAUCGAGAGCCCCACCACCAAUGUGCUGCUGUCCCCCCUCAGCGUGGCCACCGCCCUCUCUGCCCUUUCGCUGGGGGCGGAACAGCGAACAGAAGCCACCAUUCAUCGGGCUCUCUACUAUGACAUGAUCAGCAACCCUGACAUCCACAGCACCUACAAGGAGCUCCUGGCCACUGUCACCGCCCCGCAGAAGAACCUGAAGAGUGCUUCGAGGAUUGUCUUUGAGAGGAAGCUGCGCAUAAAAUCCAGCUUUGUCGCACUACUGGAAAAGUCAUAUUCGACCAGGCCCAGAAUCCUGACUGGCAACCCUCGCAUUGACCUUCAAGAGAUUAGCAACUGGGUGCAGGCCCAGAUGAAAGGGAAAAUCACCAGGUCUACGAGGGAAGUGCCCAGUGGCAUCAGCAUUCUCCUUCUCGGUGUGGCUUACUUCAAGGGGCAGUGGGUCACAAAAUUUGACUCCAGAAAGACUUCUCUCCAGGAUUUCCACUUGGAUGAGGAGAGGACUGUAAAAGUUCCCAUGAUGUCAGACCCCAAGGCCAUCAUACGCUAUGGCCUGGAUACUGAUCUCAACUGCAAGAUUGCCCAGCUGCCCUUGACUGGAAGCAUGAGUAUCAUCUUCUUCUUGCCCAUGAGGGCAACCCAGAACUUGACCAUGAUAGAAGAGAGCCUCACCUCCGAGUUUGUUCAUGACAUAAACCGAGAACUGAAGGCUGUCCAAGCGGUUCUCAGCAUCCCCAGGCUGAAGCUGAGUUUCGAAGGCGAACUUACCAAGUCCCUGCAGGAGAUGAAGCUGCAUUCCUUGUUUGAGUCCCCCGACUUUAGCAAGAUCACAGGCAAACCUAUCAAGCUGACUCAAGUGGAACACCGGGCUGGUUUCGAGUGGAAUGAGGAGGGGGCGCCAGGAACCAGCACCAACUCAGACCUCCAGCCUACUGGCUUCACAUUCUCUCUGGACUAUCACCUGAACCAGCCGUUCAUCUUCGUCCUGAGAGACACGGACACGGGGGCCCUUCUCUUCAUAGGCAAAAUUCUGGACCCCAGAAGUACUUAAUGCUCCAGUUUAAUGUUCUACUACUCUAGAAAGAAACCCCAGAAGGAUGGCAGUUUAUACAUUACAGGGGGGCAGCCCCCACAGUUUCAGUGUAUACUUUGCAAUAAAAGAGCUUUAUCCUUAA